ACAACCCAAGCAAAACAAACAAUAAAUUUAUUACUUCUUCUCAGUAAUAACUUCUAUCCGGUGAUACCAUACCGACGAAUUCAAAAAGAAAGCGACGAAUUAUUGUAUAAGGUCACUCGUUAUGGUCCGCGAACCAAUUGCCGGCGCAAGAGGUUAACUUUUAGAGAACAUUUUGUCGAGAAUUUUCUGUCCCAAAACUGCAAUAUUUCCUCAGUUUUAAGUACAUUUAAAUAUAUCCCAGGCAAGGCAAAUGAUAAAUUUAUUACUUCUUAGUAAUAAUUUCUAUCCAGCGAUAUCGUAAAGAAAGCAAUUAUUGUAUACAGUUUGGUCACUCGUUAUGGUCCGCGAAUCAGUUGCCAGCGCAA